CGGAGUUCAACUCCUCUUCUCCGCCUGACGCGUGAAUGAUGAAUGGUGAAUAGUGAUGAUGGCGAUUGAUUUAAUAAGACUGGCUUCCAGUCUUGUAUGCCAUAAUCUCUUCACUUUGACCGGCCUCUCUUCCCAGUCAAGACAAGAAGAACCAUUACCAGUACACUAAUCGACCGCCUGAGAAGUGGAGUACCAUAACAGUCCGCAGAACCAGAGCCGGAGGAUAAUAAAGACCGGGACCGCUGCUAGACUCACAUCCUCCGAUAUGGCGCCUCCAGCCGUGCUUAUGGUAGGUACUGGCGAGUACACGACGGGCUUUGUGGCGGGAGCACAGUCGACGUCGGAUAAGAAAGUGGGUGUUGUAGGAUUGACGAUGUUCGACCUUCGACGACGGGGCAAAGUAUCAUCCCUAUCGAUGGCAGGAGUAUCAGGACGCAAAUUCCCCGCGAUCCGCGAGCACCUGCAGAAGAACAUCUCCGAAGUCUACAAUGGACUGGAUGUAUCAUUCCAAUCAUUCCCCUCGGACGACAAAUCAGACCCGGACGCCUACAAAGCGGCAAUUGACGCUCUACCCAGUGGCUCUGCCGUGACCAUCUUCACACCGGACUCGACACACUUUGAAAUUGCCCGCUACGCCAUCGACCACGGGCACCACGUGCUGCUAACCAAGCCGGCGACGAAACUUUUGAGCGAACACCUAGCUCUCCUAUCCCUAGCCCAGAAAAAGGGCGUCUUCGUCUACGUGGAGCACCACAAGCGAUUCGACCCGGCGUACGCGGACGCGCGGUUCCGGGCACGCGGGCUCGGCGACUUCAACUACUUCUACAGCUACAUGUCGCAACCGAAAUCGCAGCUGGAGACAUUCAAGGCCUGGGCCGGCAAAGACUCGGACAUUUCGUACUACUUGAACUCGCAUCACAUCGAUAUCUGCGAGUGGCUGGUGCGCGACCAAGGCUGGCGACCGGUCUCGGUGCGCGCCAGUGCCAGCGUGGGCAUCGCCGAAUCCGUCGGUUGUGUCAAGGGCACCGAAGACACCAUUACCCUGUUGGUCGAUUGGGUCAACCCGGACAAACCGGACAAGCGCGCAACGGCAAUCUACACCGCCAGCUGGACGGCUCCCAUGAACGCCGGGGUUCAUUCCCAGCAGCGCUUCCAUUAUAUUGCUUCGGGCGGCGAGAUCCAUGUCGACCAGGCCAAACGAGGCUACGAUGUCCUGGACGAGUCGGAUACUUCGGGCAGUUGUCUCAAGUGGUAUAAUCCCUUUUACAUGCGCUAUGCGCCCGACGAGGAAGGAAACUUCAAUGGCCAGAGCGGGUACGGCUAUGUCAGCUUUGAGAAAUUCAUCGAUGCCAUUACCGCCAUCAACGAAAAUAGAGUCACUCUGGCCGAUCUGGACAAGAGGGGCCUGCCUACGCUCAGAAACACUGUUCUUACGACUGCCAUCCUCGAGGCUGGAAGGAGAAGUCUGGAUGAAGGUGGUCGUUCCGUCCAGAUUGUGGGCGAGGACGAUCAAGUUGAACUGAAAUAGGGAGGAGAACUACAGUUUCAAAAGCAAAAAGGGUCAAAGUCAAAAGGUACAGGGAGUAGGAAGGGAAAAGUACGAGUAUACUGUAUCUACCAAGCUAUGGCAUUGGAAUGUCGUGCCAUGGGACUCGUCCCCGAGGAAUGCCUAAGCUACGCUAUCAGGGAGUUUUGAGCCUCCAAUAUGUGGCGGCUGCUUGGUUGUGGAUGAAAGGCUGGCAUCAAAAAGAAGUCAAUCCCCAGGGCGGUGAACCGUAGAUAGCAAGCGGUUAUGGUGGUGAUGAUGUUAAUCGCAAUACGAACUACAUGCUUGUAGCCUACCUUCAAGUUCAGCAACCUGCAAAUCCAAAGCAAGUCGGUUAAUGAGAAAAGGAGACCCGACCCGGUGAUUUUCUCAUGCA